AUGGCAGCAACUCAAAUGCAAACAGACAUUCCAACACCUCAAGAUGCUACUGAUACCGUGAGAAAGGACUGGCCCGGUCGUUGGUCUAACGUGAAUAAAUUUUUAGAUCGGAGAGGUCCUUUUUGUGAUUCGGGCUUUAUACCUGGUCACGGUGAGGACAUCUUGCUUAAUCAAUGUAGAAUUCUUGUAAUUGGAGCAGGUGGUUUAGGAUGUGAAAUCUUAAAAAAUUUGGCUUUAUCUGGUUUCAGAGAAAUUGAAGUAAUUGAUAUGGAUACAAUCGAUGUAUCAAAUUUGAAUAGGCAAUUUUUAUUCAGACAAUCAGAUGUAGGAAGUCCCAAAGCCAAGGUAGCUGCGGAAUUUAUUAUGAAAAGAGUUGCUGGUGUAAAAGUAUCUUAUUAUUAUGGCAAAAUCCAAGACAAAGAUGAGGAUUAUUAUCUUGGAUUCCAUCUGAUAAUUUGUGGUUUAGAUUCUGUAGAGGCACGUAGAUGGAUAAAUGCCACACUUGUAAAUAUGGUACAAGAUGAUCCAGAAAGAAUUCGCGUCUUGAUCGAUGGUGGUACUGAAGGUUUUAAAGGUCAGGCUCGUGUAAUCAUUCCAACUAUUACUUCUUGUUAUGAAUGUUCACUGGAAAUGCUUAGUAAACCAACCUCCUACCCGAUUUGUACUAUUGCUAAUACACCAAGAUUGCCUGAACAUUGCAUUGAAUGGGCAUCAGUUUUACAAUGGCCAAAAUUACGAGAAAAUGAAAAAAUGGAUACAGAUGAUCCAAUCCAUAUUCAAUGGUUAUAUGAAACAGCUCUUGCAAGAGCUAAAGAAUUUAAUAUUACGGGAGUUACUUACUCUCUUACUCAAGGUGUUGUAAAAAACAUCAUCCCGGCAAUUGCUUCAACAAAUGCUGUUAUUGCAGCAUCAUGUUGUAAUGAAGCAUUCAAAAUUAUCACAAAUUCUCAACCAUAUCUUAAUAAUUACAUGAUGUAUACUGGAAAUGAAGGUGUAUACACAUUUACAUUUGAACAUCAAAAGAAGCCAGAUUGUCCAGUGUGUGGAAUGCAAAAUAUCUCAAUAGAAAUUAAAAGAGAUAUUACCGUUGAAGACUUUAUCGAAUUUCUUAAAGAAAAGCCUGAUAUACAACUUAAAAAACCAAGCUUAACGAAAGCGAGCACGAACGAAAAAAUAUAUUGGCAAUCUCCUCCAUUCUUUGAACAAAAAACUAGACCUAAUUUGGAGAAACAAUUAUCUAGCAUAGUCGAAGAAGGAGAUGAUAUUUUAAUCACAGAUUCUUCAUUACCGAUUUCAUUGACUGUCAAAAUUUCUUACGUGUAG